GCAUCAACAUAAUCCGUGAACUACUUAUAUUUUUUCAUUUGAGGAUGCUCAACACUCCCCAUGUGAAGUGCUGAGCUCUUUUGCAUAUUUUACAAGAGGCUACACCAGGGGUUGGCAACCCCGGUCCUGGAGAGCCGCAAGGUGUGCUGGCUUUCGUUGUUGCUUGGCAUUAAUUGAUCAAUGAAAGCCGUUUAUUACACAGUUAACUCACCUGGUUUCUUGGGUCUGAAUCGGUUGCUUAUUUUAAGGUGGAGACGAAAGCCAGCGCACCCUGUGGCUCUCCUCCUCCCCUGGGCUAUGCUAAUGUGCUAGAUGGAACCCUCCUAUUGGUGGCUCUUAAUUGUGCUUUUAGUGAGACCUCGAAUGGCAUAAACUGUGAUGCAUUAGAAGUUUUAUUCUCAUUCAUGUAUUUACUUAAUGUUAUGCCAUUGCUUUUGGGUCAGUCUAAAUGGCAGGCAUUUAUAUAGCGCCUUUAUCCAAAGUGCUGUACAAUUGAUGCUUCUCCAUUCACCCAUUCAUACACACACUCACACACCGACGGCGAUUGGCUGCCAUGCAAGGCCCCGACCAGCUCGUCAGGAGCAUUUGGGGGUUAGGUGUCUUGCUCAGGGACACUUCGACACAGCCAGGGCGGGGGAUCGAACCGGCAACCCUCCGACUGCCAGACGACUGCUCUUGAGCCAUGUCGCCCCAGUCACCAGUCUGGGUGACUUGACCAAACACAGUGAAGGACUCCAUUUCCCAGAAGACAAUAGGCCUAAUGCGGAUGCAGUUCUGGAAGACCGCUGUGGAUGAGAUUUACAGAAACGCACCCCCAUCCCAGCCAGUCAGCGCAGAACUCUGGAGGGCAGUAAGGAAACACAGACUGACAAAGAGAUGGCUUUUGAGAAUCAUCAGUGAAAGAGAGAAAGAGAUGGAAUCAGAUAGGCCUUACAGGAACCUGCAAGAACUGGAGGCCUAUUCUGAGAACACCCAGUCCUCUCUGCUCUAUCUCCUUCUGGAAUGUUUAGGUGUUACAGACGUCCAUGCAGACCAUGCUGCCAGCCACAUUGGGAAGGCCCAGGGUAUCGUUACGUGCCUGAGAGCCACCCCUUACAACAGCCGGCGACGCAAGGUCUACCUCCCCAUGGACGUCUGCAUGCUGCAUGGAGCUUCACAGGAAGACUUCAUUCGAGGAAGCCGGGAACAAAAUGUGAGGGACGUGGUGUAUGACAUCGCCAGCCAAGCCCACAUUCAUCUACAGCAUGCCCGGUCCUUCAGCAAAAAUGUUCCUGCGGAGGCCACGCUGGCCUUCCUGCUGACGGUUGUUCUGGAGGACUAUCUGCAGCGGGUGAGGAAGGUAGACUUUGACAUCUUCCAUCCUAGUUUACAAAAGAGAAACCCUUUGCUUCCAAUCCAGCUGUACCUACGGUCUUGGAAGAAGACAUACUGACUGUUGCUUACUGUUAGCUGUUGUAAUUACUACCUUUCAGAUUUUUCUAUGCUGCUGAAUAUUUGCUGUAUAAAAUAAUGUAUGUAUACCAGCUGUACAGUUCAUCCCUUGCUGACCAUGGAUUUUUGAACCCCCACUGUGGGACAUAUAGGCUCCAGAAUUAUUGGCACCCUUUAUACCAAUCACAAAAGUGCUGUAAACUGAAAUAUAAUAGUUAUUCACAUAAGCUUUAUUUUCCAACAUGUGUUGUGUGCUUUAUUAAUGAUUCAAUAGCAUCAAUCAAUCGAUGUCUUACAUUUUUCAAAUAAAACAUUUAUUUCCCCAAAAAACAGGUUCUACAAUUAUUGGCACCCCUGGUUUAAUGCUUUGUGCAAACACCCCUUGUAAAGAUGACUUUUCCUACCAACCGACGGCGAUUGGCUGCCAUGCAAGGCCCCAACCAGCUCGUCAAGAGCAUUUGGGGGUUAGGUGUCUUGCUCAGGGACACUUCGACACCGCCCGGGCAGGGGAACAAACCGGCAACCCUCCGACUGCCAGACAACUGCUCUUACUGCCUGAGCCAUGUCGCCCCCAUUUAAGUCUGGAGACUGAGAUGGCCAUUGCAGAACAUGGUUGUUGGUUUUUACUUACCCUUCCAAGGUUUGCACAUAUUUGCUGGUAUGGUUUGCUGGUAAUUUUUAUUUAUUUUUUUUCGACUUGAUGACCCCAAGACACAACCAAUCUCUGCACUCCUUAAACUGUGAACUACGUAUUGCCAAUUUCACUUUGUUUGAUUGUAUGUGCAGUAUUUGUUAGGGGUGCCAAUAAUUUUGGCACCUGUGGUUUUUAGAAACAAAUAGAUUACCAAAUAAAAAACAUUGAAACAUGAGAGUAAAUAUAAUUAAAUAAAAGUAUAUUGUUUUCCCGUGUGUUUGAAUAUAGAUAAUUAUCCAUGUUGUUUAUAUGCAGCCCUUUUUCUCCUUUUUAUUAAGGGUGCCAAUAAUUCUGGUGCCCACUGUAUGUGGGAUAGAAAGCCGUCUCCGGCUAAAUGAAGAUAGAUGUAUUGUGGUAGCUGGACUGAUGGUCACAAAGACGAUGAUGCUGGGAUUCUCAAGGUGAAAACGUUUAAAGAGACAACUAGCAAAAAAGGAAUUCUCAUUUUUUACUUUGGUGUAAAUCUAACAAAAUCUUUCAGAUUUGGUGUAAAUUGCUUUAUACACACACUAUAUGUAUAUAUAUAUAUAUAUAUAUAUAUAAUAUAUAAUUAAAAUGACCAAUAUUAAUGGUCAAAUAUAAUUGUUAAGAUGAAGGCUGGAGUUCUUUAUAAGACUAAUUUGACUCCGCUCUCAUGUUCAUAUGACAUCAAAACAGAUACCAUGUUCAAUAAAAUAAUUUAUUGAACAAACAUACAAACUCAGACCAUACAUGGGCGGAUCUAAGAGAAAAAGAAGUAAGGAAAAGUCUGAGUCUGUGUAUGUGUGUCCUUUGUCUGGGCGAGUAUCACUCACUCGCCCAGACGAAAAGCGAAACUUCAACUAACUUCAAGUAACUAUUUGUGGGUUAUUCAUGACUACCGACUAUGUCAGUUAUUAGAGUUCCAGUGGGAGAGUUAUAGGGGAGAGAGAGAACAGCCACAAGACACCCACAGAACUGCGACUCACUAGAUGUUUGACUGUUGUGUGAAAGAAUCCCAGGAUAUUUGAGAUACUCAAACCACCCCGCCUGGCACCAACAAUCAUCCCAUGGUCAAAGUCAUCACAAAGGUUCCAGGAAUUUUCUGGGCAUUUUAUCACCCUUUGCAUCCCUAAAUAUGGGUACAAAAUAUAAACAUUUAAGUAUACUAUAAAGCACUCCUUACUGAACUCUUAGGGAACAUCUGGAACAGUUGCAAACAUGCUAGGUUGAGGAUGCAAAUGUGUUAUCCCCAUGCACUGUGCAGAAGAUUGUGAGAGAGGCAAAGAAAAACCUGAGGAUUACCGUUUGAGAACAGUUUAGUUUCAUUUUGGGGUCACCAAGUUUCAAAAUCUCCAUCCCACCCGGCUCUUUAGAUGGGUUGCAUAAAUAAAGCCUUUACAGAGAGCAACUAAGAAAUUGAAGCAUCUUUGCCAAGCGUCAAUGGAGCUAUAUGUUCUGUGAAAAUAAAAUGAUUGUUUUGUCCUGGGCAUCUCAGUCUCCAGACUUACACCCUAUCUAAAACCUGUGGUCUCAAUUCAAGUACCUAUCUAGGAUCUUGAAAGUUUCAAAUGGUUCAAGAUCCGCCCCAAAUGUGUUCUCCAACCGAUCAUUACAGGAAAAGACUUAUCUUUGACAUGUGAGGCUGCACUGGUUGCAUGGGUGACUGGUUAUGGAACCUUUUUUUUGGAAAUAAGUGUUUAAUCUUGCAUGCUAUUUUGGUUUAUUCCGUCUAAUCAUUAAUAUAGUAUUAUUGUGUUAUUUGUUGUGUGAAACUGUUUUUUGUCCAUCUCUGUGCAUGUCCCCAAUUUUAGGGAAUGAAAGAUAAUUGGACAA